GAAAUUUCUUGACCAUUCCAAGAUUGUUUAUAUCGAAAUCAACACAAAACGUUCAAUUUCUCGUGUUUUCUUUUAAUUUUCCUAUUUUUCAUCCGAUUUUCGUUGCAAGAAGCUGAAAUUAAGGCAAAAACAUUACCGGACGACGCCCUUUAAAGUGAAGCAAUUAACAUGGAAUUGAAAUAUUUGAUCCCCAUUAGUGCCAUUCUGCUCUCGAUGAUCGACAGAGCGACAUCAAUUAGUUGUUAUGUCUGCAAUACGACGUCGUCAUUAAGUGCCCCCUUCCAAUGUUCCGAGUGGUUUGACCGGUAUGACAAUCCCGAUUUAGAGCCGCAGGACUGCUCGAAUGUGCACGGAGCGAAAUAUUGCAUCAAGCAUAUCGGGCGUUUCGAAGGAGGCAUCGGCGCAAAACGUUACUGCUCCUCAAAGGAUCUCGGCAACUACUGUGACUACGUAAAGAACAAGGGCGACGGAAUGGAAUAUCGUUCCUGCAUUUUCACAUGCGACACUGAUGGAUGCAACCAUUCAACGAGCCUGAAAGCCACUUUAGCAGCUUUCUUCUUACCACUCUUCGUGCUCUUAACGAAGAAUUUCUAGAAUUUUCCAAGCAACGAAAAAUUUUCUUAGAUCUUAGGUGUAAAAGUAAACGAAUCCGUCCAAAUUCGCAAAAAAAAUAAAAAUUUUUAUGACAAAAUUUUAUGCAA